AUGGCGGAUUGUGGUGUUUAUGCCUGUCUGAGCUAUACAUGGGGUCGACAAAAUACGGCUGUGACAACGACACAGAAUCUUCAUGAUCGCCUAGACGACCUCCCGUUCGACAGUCUUCCCCAAACAUACAAGGACGCCGUCACGGUUACUGCAUUCUUGGAUAUUCCUUUUUUGUGGAUUGACGGUCUUUGUAUCAUUCAAGGCGAUACCGACUCAAAAGACUGGGCCGAGCAGUCUUCACAGAUGGCGGAAAUCUACGGAAACGCAAUUCUGGUGAUUGCGGCUGCUGAAUCCAAUAGUGUUGAGGAAGGCUUCCUCUCUACACCACAGCUCCCACGAGAACUCGUAAAGUUCCAGUCUUCGGAGUUUGAAAAUCUGGAGUACGGGAGCGAAGGAACUGUCUGGAGCGUGUUUGCCAGAGCAAUGCCGGACCACAGUUGGCUUGGUUGGUCCACAUUGGCGGAACCAAAAUCCCGCGGAACACUGAGCCGCAGCUGGUGUUUCCAAGAGGAAGUACUUGCGUCUCGACUCCUCACCUUUUUUGGAGGCGAGAUGAACUUCCAAUGUCUUGAAGACGAAUACCGAUGCGAAUGUGCAUUCCCCGCCGCACCCCUGGGCCUUGUCACGAUCAAGGAGCUGUACGAGCCUCGCUUGGAGCUAGGCAAUAUGGAAACUCCAAAUUGGAUGUGGCAGAGUACCGUGGAGCACUACACCCGACGGAAGCUGACGGUGGCCACCGAUAGGCUUACUGCACUAUCUGGAGUCGCCCGGGUCGUGCAGUCAAGUCUCCGAACAAAGUACGCUGCCGGUCACUGGCUAGAUCGCGACUUUCUGUGCAGCUUGUGUUGGGCGCCUGUAAGGAACAGGGAAACCGAGCGUACCUACUCACAAGAUUACGUUGCUCCGUCGUGGUCUUGGGCUGCCCAUAACGGACCUAUCACCAUGUGGAUCCCUUAUGGCGGUUCGGAAGAGCCAGUCACUCCGCGCUUCCUCAGUAAAACCGUUGUCCGCAAUGUCGGCAUCAUCCCAGCAACAGAAGAUGAAACGGGCGCGGUGAUUGGGGGAGGUAUAACUGUUAGCGGCGUCUUUCUCGACAUUUCGGUGCUAGUGACAUCACGAGAUCAAUCCGCAGGCGUCAUGAACUCCAGCACCAUGUAG